AUGGGAAACAACUCUACUUUUAAGUUCUUUAUUCUUUCUGGGCUGCAGGACUCAGGAGUUUACAAACAUUUGUACUUCUUUUUGGUGUUUGUCCUUUACAUUCUCAUAAUUAUAGGCAACGUAACUUUGAUCAUUAUUGUGACAGUGGAUAAAAGCCUCCAUGAGCCCAUGUACAUUUUCAUCUGUAAUCUCUGUGCAAAUGGACUCUACGGAACUGUUGGCUUUUACCCUAAACUUUUACUGGACUUGCAAUCUGAUGUUCACAUGAUAAGCUACAGAUGGUGCAUGAUUCAAACGUAUGUCAUUUACAGCUCUGCACUGUGUGAAAUUUCAGUUUUAACAGUGAUGUCUUAUGAUCGUUAUGUGGCUAUUUGCAGACCACUGCAAUACCACAGCAUUGUGACUCCACGUGCUGUGUUAAAGUUGCUUGUAUUAGCCUGGACUUAUCCACUCUUGUCAGGAGCAAUAGUUAUCCUGUUUACUUCUAGAAUACCUAUUUGUGGAACUUAUAUCCAUAAAUUAUUCUGUGACAAUCCUUCAAUAAUAAUGUUGGGAUGUUAUCGAGCCAUAGCCAACCAGGUAUUGAGUAUGGUCGCAGUUGCCAUUUAUCUUUCACAGUUAGUCUUCAUUUUAAUUUCUUAUGCCCAUAUUGUCCAUGUUUGUAUAUCAUCUAAUGAGAGUAGAACAAAGUUCAGUAAAACGUGUGUUCCUCAUAUUGUGAUUUUGGUCAUUUAUAUUAUGACUUCAUUGUUUGAUGUAUUUUACAGCUGGGAUGGUUCAGUAAAUCUUCCAAUUGGUGUGCGUAAUGCAUUGGCUAUACAAUUUCUGAUUCUUCCUCCACUGUUGGACCCAUUGAUCUAUGGCCUCCAACUUCCACAGAUUCGAAAGGUACUACGCGGACAAAGUUAUCGUGUGGAGCAGCUCUGUACGCAGGGGAGCUUCCCCUCCACUACAAACAAGGCCAAAUAUAAUAUAAAGGAGGAGCACUGA